UAAUUUGUUUUAAUUUUUUUUAUUAUUUUAAUAUUGCUAUGGUCUAAAAUAGAACACUAUAUAUUAAAGUCCGAUACAAUGUUUGAGACGGUAUAUUACCUGUCCAAAGUGACUCAGAAUUCUACAAAGAUGUCGAAAUUUAGCAUUGGUUAAAAAUAGAUCAAUGAAUACACAAAAUAUGACUCGUUUACUGCACGUGUUUUUUAAUAAGGACGUUAAACUAUUAAUGUGAUUGUGUAUCCUUGUUUUUUUAUUACAUUUUAACCUCAGAUAUUCUUAACAGUUUCUCAUCAAACAUGACUCCAAUAUCUAGACUAGCGUAUGUAUGAACAAAAUUGACGACUCUGUUAAAUCUGCAGUCAAAGAUUACCUGUUGUCUGAUAUAUUUCUUAUCUAGUAGUGGCUGGUAGAGGUGGGUUUUGUUUUAUGUAGUUAGCUAAUUUCGAGGAUACAACCUGCUAAUGUUACGGGAGGGACCACAAACGCGUGUUCCAGAAGUUUUAAAGCUUCCAUUUGAGUUACAGAAAUGUCUGACGUUUUUGACAAACUGACUACGACGUUAGAUGGGACUCGAACUCGCGAUCUUUUGCACGCAAAGCGAGCGCCCUACCAGCGGAGCCAAAGUUGUCUUUUUUUAAAUGUUUUUAACCUGGAGCUUUAAAAAUAGAAAAAACGUGUAUCCGCAUUAGAAAUGAUUUUUUGAUAACUAAACUUAACAACAACAAUAACAACAACAACAAUCUAGUUUUUACAACUUUCGUGUGACUUUCAGAAUUUCUCUGUUGUCACGAGCAACUGUGCUGCACAUAAGACAGUGAAGUAUCACGAUUCUAUUUAUAUGUUAUUUGGAUGUUCUAAUGCCAUUCUUUUUAUUUCACUUGUCAAAUUUUAAGACGGAAUAAAGCUUUAAGUUAAAUAUUAAGAAAAGAGAGGAUCAACGCAUCAACAUAGCAAAACUUUUGUGUAUUUUUUGUCACGACAUCGCGAGAUGUUUGCAAAAAAGCUGUACACAUUUUUUUAAUAAAAAUUCCUUUUUUAUAAAAGAAUCAUCAAGGGUCUGUUUUCUGAAAUUUUAAGAAUGUUUUAAGAAUAAUUCUAAGGCCCAAUCACCAGAUAUAUUUUUUUUUGCCUGCAAUUAAAUAUAAUCAGCGUAUCAAAAUGCAAGUAGGCUGAAAAAAAAAUCAAGAAUAAUUUAGCAUGGCAGGGAUAUGUCACUUAAAUUAACUAUAAAGGCUUAUCUCGAAAUGUCCAUCCAUUAACUUUUUUAGAAAAAAGGGGAUGGUCCUAGCUACAUGGUUUGAUUUUAUGUGCUAAAAGACGUAACAAACGUUAGAGACACGUCUUUUUUUAUAAAUAAGGGUCUGAGCCCAAUGUUAAAAUAAUUUACUGUUUUUAUCGUCUGUAUUUUAUUGUCAACCAUAAAGAAUUUAUCAAAAAAGUCAAAUUAUUUUUACACGAUAGUGCUUUGUGCAAACUUUUAUCCAAAUAAUGUGAAUAACUCUAUGCAUGUAGGCUACCUAUUUCCCCCCAUCUUUUCAUUAUAGUUCUACCUUUUUUGUGUGUCCUUACAUGGUGCCAUCAAUUUAUUUAUUUUUAAUUAGUCUCUUCUUUUUUUUUUUUUUUUUUUUUUUUUCUUGUUCAAUGUGUCUACUUACUCUACCGGCACCAUUUCGUACUCUGUGAGCCCAUUUAUUUCAUUAUGCACUUAGAUUCAAUAUAUUUUUUUACUGAUCUUAUAGAUUUUAUAGUUUUUUAUAGUUUUUAUUUUUUUGUAGGCAGAAGAACCAUUUGUAAAUUAUGGAUGCCAAAUAUAUGUUUAAUAAUAAUAAUAAUAAUAAUAAUAAUAAUAUCGACGCUAAUUUCCAAGUUAUUUUUGUGAGUGCUAGAUCUAAUGUAAUUUUUAGAACUUUUUAUUGUCAUGGAAACGUCGUUUUGGUUUUGGGUUUUUAGUUUAAUCUUAUAUAUCUUCAAAGAUAAUGAUGAUGAGUUUUUAUAAAGUUAAUUCUUCUAUCGUUAGAUGUCACGAUAUAUGUAAUUUUUCAAAGUCGACAUUUUCCAAACGAAGCAAAGUUGAUAUUGUUUCCAAACAGGUGCUUCAAAUGUCUAUUUUGCUGCUGAUGUUAAAAUAAUUAUCGAUCAUAUAAUUAUGCGUUAUGACGCCAUUAUUGUUUCGCAAACAACUCCUUUAAACACAACCUCUCCUUAGUCUUCUCUCUACAGGUGUCCUAAUCAAAUAGAAGCCUAUCUUAGGAAGUUGAGUUUUUGUAUACUGGCAUUAACACGUAACUUUUGGCAGGUAUUUUGGAUGAGGAACUCAAGUUGCACACAUAAACUAGAAACCAACAAAUAUGGAAUUUUUUAGUGGAAUUCUCUUUUUUAUUAUUAUUAUUAUUAUUGUUUUGAACGAAGUAAUAUAGAGAGAGUAUUUGUAACAGAGAACAAGGAAUGAAAUGUUAACUACUAGAAAAGUCAUAGGGAAGAAUCUAUUGCAUUGUUUGUUCUGUGUUUUGCCGAAACCAAAGAAAGAAAACGAACAAAGCAAGCAAAAAAAAAAAUGUGUAGGACUUUGAAAAACAAUUUUUAAUUUUGUUUUGUUUAAGUACAUUAUUUGAAUGAAUUUAUAUUUUUGUGAAGUGUUUUGAAACGGAAUCAUGUGAAACGAGUCAGAAGCCACAGAGUAUUCAUAGUAAAUAAGAAAUUCACAAAAACAUAAAUCGGGGACGCAUUGUUUUACUACCAUUUUAGAAUAUAGAUAGCUAAAGGUAGUAGUAGGUUUAUCACAUAGAAGUUCAUGGGGAGAACAUCACGGUUAGUGUCAUCUAUGGGCCUGCAGUUUAAAAUGGUAGGUAGGCUGGAAUAACAGUUUCCUGUUUUAACCAAUUACUUUCUUAUUAAAUCAAUUUUUUGACCCAACUUUACGGUAUUGAUUGGUUCCCUUCUUUAUUGAAGGAAAAUUUUUUACAUAAGAACAUUAACUAUUUUUAUUUUUAUUUUUUAUUUUUAUUUUAUUUCUAAGCUUAAAACUGUUUUAACUCUUAAAGGUCGGGUACUGAAAUAUGCGGGAAAACAACCUGGUACCUGGGAACUAGGUUGUCAUGAAAAGUGCUUAUGUUUUGACAGAGGAUUAAUUGGACUACCCAACAGUAACAAAUACGGAUCUUAAUCUUGCGUUCAGCCAUCACGAAUUUCACGAACCUGAUUAUUUGUUGACCGAUAAACCGGUUCUUUUUUUAAAAAAAAUAGGUCGCCCUUUUAAAUGUUAACUCGCUAUAAAAUUUUAACCAAUGGAAGUCUUAUGUCUAUAUAUGGACUGUUCUUAUGUGAGAAAAGGAAGGGGAAGUUUGUUGAACAUUAUUUGCUGCAAAAGAAAGAUUCAAAAUGGUAGCACAAUGCUUGCAUGCGUUCUAUGGCAUUUUACAACAUCCUUAUUAGCUGUUUGUUCUUAAUUUUGUUUUGCUUUACAGCUCUUCCUUUUCCCUUCCUCCCUUUCCCGUUUAAGACUGCUAAUUAUUAGACUCUAGUAUUGGGGUCACAAAAAACUUUCGUUUAUGUGAUAAAAAGGUUGUGUUUUGCUGCUGUUUUUGUUGUUGUUGUUGUUGUUGUCUGUCUGUCUGUUUGUUAGUUUUUGUUUGUUUGUUUGACCUGUUGUUUUAUUUUCAAUUUUAUUUUCAUGGCUACCCACGCUUUUAUAUUUGGUUUUGAAAUCUAAAUCUAACUUUAAACGUUUUUAAAACUUUAAGUUUUUUCUUCGGAAACAUUCAUCAACAUGUUCGGCAUUCUCUCUCCACCGCGUUUUCAGCCUUGCGCAAUCUUCGGCACGAGCAGCGCAAUCUAAGCGAAUACAUGCGUUCGGCGCAAUAUGACGUCACAGACGAAAGUAACCGGAAUUUUCGUUGAACAAAAAACGUUAAUAGAAAAAUUGUUUUUAAAAUAAUGUAUUUGAUAACAUUACACGUGUUUUUAAGGAAUCACUUUAUAAUUUUAUUUUAAAUAAUUUCUUUGAAUCUUUUUUUUCUCUUUUUGUUAUAUAAUUUUACAAAAGUAUUCUGUGUGAUCUCCUGAGUAUUUACAUGAUGUCUCCUCUCUCUCUCACCGAGACGACGUCGAAAAAAUGUUGUCCCGUGUUGUUAUAACAACGGCAGAGUCAUGAAAUCCAGAUGAGUACAGCGACUGCUUCUGCGACCCAAAGGUUGACGAAUAACCGCCUGAUCAUGGAUUCCAUGGCAACCACGACGGCAAAUGAAUUUAUGGCGGCGCAAACGACGUGUAACAAUUGCUAUACGAGAUUGUUUGAGUUGAAAAGACAAGCUAUAAAAAUUAUGAUGAUUGAGUAUCAUCGAAUGUUGAAAAUUAGUCCGCACGCGCUUGAUAGCCUACCGCUUCUCGUCUACCAAAAUUUGCAAUUGAAUGAACACCACUUGAUUGGCACAGUAAACGGAGUCUGCACGUAUUGUGGAACACAUAUUGAAUCGAUCAAGGAGCAUGCUGUGAUACAAGCGACGUUUAUGACGAGAAACAUGCCACAAAGUCACAAUCUUCUACCGUAUAACAAUCCUGCAAAUAUGGGGAGGCCUGUUGCAAGUUAUGGGGAAACGACAGACAGCGUGAACGGGAAACGAGUGCAAGGACUCAAUAAUACACAACACUCCUCGUCGUCAGAAACCAGAGGAGGGAGAGAUGAACCUCCAGCUCGUUCAACGGCAUCUCCGACAGCUGCUCAAUUUUUUGCUGAAGCUGCUAAAAAGUACAACAUACCAAGCAAAAAGAAGAAGAAGAGACACAGACGCGAAGAUGAUUUAUUUCCAACAAAUUUCAGUUAUCUUCUCCGAACAGAUCCUCCACCCAACCCGCCUGGUUUAUUUAAGUACAUGGGGAGGAGAGUAGAUGGCAAAGUUAGUGUCAUGCUACGGAUCUCACCAAACACGAAUUUAGAAGAAACAGACUCGUUUAUUGAAGUUGAUCAGAGACGCAAACAGAUCUCCGUUCUACAGCCGAAAAACUUAGAGCAUGUGCCUUCGAAAUUUCAAUCGUUCAACUCUGCACCGAAAUUAUACGCCUUUGAUGGGAUUUUUGAGCCUGAUCUUUCUCAGACUCGAGUUUCAUCCACCUCCGUGCUUGAUGUUCUUCACGCCGUCAUCAACGGUGGAGAAGGCUGUCUCCUUUCAUACGGAGCGUCUGCGACCGGGAAAACCACAACGAUGGUAGGAAGUGACAACUCAAACAAAGAUCUUGGUAUCCUACCAGCUGCAAUUGCUUGGUUGUAUAGUCUUCUCGAAGAUUGCAAGCAAAGAACAGGCGCUAGAAUUUCCGUGCGUGUGUCCGCGGUUGAAGUAGUCGGAUCAACAGAGAACUUGAAGGAUUUAUUAGCCGAUCAAGCAUCAGGUGCCGACAGCAUGGACAGCACGGGAGACUCCCCAGGUGUCUACCUGCGGGAAGACCCGAUAGGUGGCACCGUGCAACUGAGUAACGUUAGUGAGCCACAAGCAGUCUCUGCGGAGAAAGCUGCUUUUUAUUUAGACGCUGCAUUGGCUGCUAGAACUACAGAAACUGAUGAAUCUGGACAGAGGCAAUCGAGUCACAUGAUAUUUACUGUUCAUGUUUACCAGUACAGAGUAGAAAGAAACCACAGACGCGGUCCUGGCGGUGCUGUACCCUACUCUGGUGGAAGGUCCCGUUUACACUUAAUAGAUUUAAGUCACGUUAAUCCAAAUUUCCGCAACAUACAGCACGGUGGAGCACCGAGUCAUGCAGCAUUGGGGCAAAUCAUUGUAGCUAUGUUAAACGGAUUCAAACAGGUUCCGUAUAGGGAUAGUAAAAUUACGAGGUUGUUGAAGGAUUCCAUCGGAAAUUUGACGUGCCGAUCUACACUCAUCACUCACGUGUCGGCAGAUGAAAAGAACUAUGGAAAGACCUACAACACGUUACAGAUAACAUCUAAAAUCAACAGAUCGAGAAGAAAAAGAAAUAAGCAUUGUAGUAGUUCAUCAGAUAACAAUUCCUGUGAUGAAACAGGACGGAGAAGGCGACCUUAUCCCGCCAUUGUCCAAACUUACGGUAUCGACGAUAAUGGCCUCAGUUCUGAUUAUAACACUUCCAGUGCUGGAGAAGAUUCUUGUGAUACGGUUAUAUAUAUGGGUUCGAACGGUCAUCUGAGUGAUCGCGAUUUAACGGACAACGAACGCCCUCCUUCACCGGACACUUUUAGGGCGAUGAGAUUAAAACUUGCAUCCAGUUCGGAAGAUGAGACUAAUGAACCAAUAGAGCUGACAUCAGAGUCUGCGGAGGAGACUCCUUUAAAGAGAAAUAAAUUGGAAGUUUUGACGAACGUAAUUGAUGCAAUCCCCCCCUUGAAGAUAAUGGAAACGUCGAAUGUGGAGAAAGCAGUCAACGUCGUCGCGCCGUUAGUUAUAAAGCAAGAAAAUUCGACGGCUGCGAGUACAAUUAGUCCGUCAACGGAUAGUACUAAAACUUCACUUGUAAACCAACUGAUUGAAAGUCGGAAUAAUGACGAUAUUAUUUUGAUGCCAAAUAAUGAUAUCACUGAUGAUGUCGUCGACAAAAUACCGUCAGAAAAAGAACUUAGGAAAAGAGAAAAAAGAAUAGCGAAAUUAUUAAAAGAGUCUUUAAGUAACGAUGAUCUUACUUCCGUCAAUAUAAAAAACAAACGGAAUCUAGUUUCAAAUGACGGAUAUACAUCCGACAUUUGUAAGAGUAUUACCGACACGUACGAUAAAUCGAAUAAAUACGACGGAUAUAUUUCAGCGCCGGAAAAUAAUUAUAGGAAGCCUGUUCAAAUUGUUCGUGGGACUGUCAGACAAAAAGAAAUGGAUAAGAAAUUCGACGAAGUUGUGAAAGAACAUUUCAAUGAAAAACUAGAAGGAAAUACAAGUUUCGAAACAAAUAAUGAGUCGAGUACUGACCAUAUUUCUACGUCAGUUCUAUAUAACAAAAACAUUCAAGCUACUUCUGAUGUAAAUACGAAUUCAUUGCGAGAAUCUUCUGUUGACGGCCCGCCAUCGACAGUUACAGAUUGUAUUCGAGAAUCGUCCGUUGACGGUCCUGCUGUGAGAGAAAAGGAAAACGGCGAUGACUUCUGCACGAAAAACGAAACGAAAGAGCCAAAAAUUAAAGAUCUGAAUCACGUUAUAACUGUUUCAGCGGUUCCUAAUUUUUCGGUUACAAAGAAGCCACCACUUCGAGAUUUCGUUUCAUCGCCAAAAAUUCGUCAAAAUUCGUCCCGAGCGGCAAAUAUUUCCAACACAAAAGUUUAUAAAGGAAGCUCGACAAGUUUAGACAAUCUAGGUUUUCGGACACCACAACUGCAAAGAUCGUAUUCAAAAGAUGACACCAUAAGUCUUGUGUCGGCGAAUGAGAGUGACGCCUAUGACAGCGACACGACGUCAUAUGCUGCCAGUCCGUCAGUAACUAGGCGACAGUCCGGACGUCCGGCACGUUUACGUUAUCGUUGGUCGACCGUUUAUGAAGAAGACGAAAACAAAAAAGACAUUAAACCAGACAAAAAUACAAACUCUAAAAACAAAAAGAAAGAAAACGCUGUAGUCCUUGAUAGCGAAGCGAAGCCUGCAAGAAUAAUUGCAUCGCCGAAAAAGUCUUCCAUAAAAUCACCAAAAACUGAAAAAAAGAUUUUAUCUCCCAAGACGAAUAAAAAACUCGCGAACUCAGAAGAGCUAUUAUCUCCGAAAAGCCGUAAAAGAUUUGCUCUGUUGUCUCCCAAAUCGGAACGUAAACAGAAAAAUUCAUCGGAUAAAAGAAUGUCAGGUUGUAGCGAUGCCAGCAGUGGUAUUGGUUCAAACUCGUCACAAAGUCAAACACCUUCCCUACACAGCGGAGAGGAGGUUAAAAUGGAUGACACCACUAUAGAAAAAGAUACAAGCAGUCGAUCAAGGCUGUGGUUGUUUGGGCGUCACAAGUCCCGCAAAGGACGCUCCUCCUCCGGGUACAUGAGUGACGGUCACGUUACUGAUUCAUCCGCUCGUUCAAGCAGAAGAUACAGAUUCUUUUCGCGCUCGAAAUCGUCAUUGUACACCGACGGACAUAGCAGUGGAUACGACACGUCAAUAACUGACGGUGGGAUGACGAGUUGUGCUGAAGAUUUAACCGAUAACGAAUCUGUCGCCAGCACUAAGAAGAAGAGACGCUUUUUAGGCCUACGUAGGAGAUCGACUAACGAUUUGUCUUCAACACGAGGGCGAGUUAAAAAACCAAUGUGGUUUGACAGUCGAAGAUGUCAGUCUGAUGACGAAGGAGUGCAAAUUAAAGUUUAUGAAAUUGACGCUCCUGCGCAGAUGAAUCGACGUCGUUGCAAAUCUGAGGAUGCCAUGACUUCCAGAAUCCAGCCAAGAAGAAUUGAAGAACUAAAAAAGCAUCGAGAAUACUUGAAAAGUGAGCUUCAUUUGGCUUUGGAUAAAUUUCCAUCCAUAGAAUAUAACGCACAACUUGCAAAACUCAAUCUCGAUAUAACUGAUGCGCCUGACGUCACCAACAGAAAUCAAACGAAAUCGGUCAGCGAACUUGAGAAAGAAAACAAUAUGAUCGGUAAAAAAUUAAAGGUUUUAAAAAGUCACAUACAAGUGGUCACGUGUUUCGACGCCCACCAACCACGUAAAGUUACGCAAAUAUAAAAAAAAUUACUCGAAUAUUUCGAGGAAAAAUAUUUUUACUCGAAUUAUGAGAUGAAGUAUUUUCUAUUUAUAAAAAAACAGUUUUAUUAGCCUGUUCUACUCUGGCUAGAUUUAGUGUGAAUAUACAAUUGUGAAAAGAAAAGUAUAUAUGUACAGUAGAGUUUAUGAACACCCAGACAAUAUAACUCAUAUAAAUAUCUUAUGUUUUCCAUGACGUAAUGUUUUUUUCGAUUUUUUGAUUUAUUUAUUAAAGUGUUUAGAUUUUGAACCACGUCAAUAUAAAUUUCUCUACAAUCCCUUUACCCUAAAUCUAAUAAAGUCUCUUCAUAAGCAACCCUUUGCUCAGGUCUUUCAUUAUAUUCGUUCAUGGUAGAGUUUCGCACAUCAGCACGUUUUUGUUUAAAAGUUUGCCCCCGCUUUCCUACCCUCCGCCCCCUCCCUUGCUUUAGUUUUGUUUGUAUAUACGAACGCACAAAUUACGUUUCAUUUUUUAGAAAUAUGUUUAAACAAAUAUAAAA